UCCACAACAGAAUGUCCUGUACUUGUAGAUGAUGGCUCAGUGAUCCGUCCUGUGAGACAAUGGGGCUGCUGUCCAUGUCUGUGGGACCCCUCCGGACCCGGGUACGGACGGUUCGGACCUGGAGCCGGGACUUUUCCUCUAUUUCAGCUACUUAUCGCAACUGCGGAGCAUCGGUACAGAAGACAUCACUAAUCCAGAGGAAAUGUGGGACAUUAUAUCGUCAUAGUUUUCAACUUGCUCGGUGUUGUAACGCAAACAAACCACCAAGAGGUUUUGAAAAAUUUUUCCCAAAGAAUGAAGAAAACUCUGAUCUCAACAAACCAGCUAAAGAAGAAAAUACCAAAGACCAAGAAUCUCUUGGAAGACAAGAUCAAGACACGAAUGGAGAUGGGAAUGAAAGACAAAAUGGAGGAGGAAAAAAGGAGGAAUCUCAUUGGUGGACACGUUUUCAGGAGGACUUUCCACUGAAAGAAAACACAGUGUGGAACAUAGCCAUCGGUGCAGCAGGGAUGGCAUCAGCUUUCCUGUAUUUUUACUUCAGAGAGACUGGGGUCCAAAUUUCCUGGAAGGAGUUUGUUGAUCACUACUUGAACAGAGGCUUGGUUGAUCAUCUGCAGGUUGUCAACAAACAAUAUGUCAAAGUUUUUCCUGCCCGUGGAGUCAGCACAUCAGACGUGAACUAUUUGUGGUUCUACAUUGGCAGCGUGGACUCAUUUGAGCAUAAUCUGGAGGUGGCUCAACAGGAAGUGGGUCUAGAUUCACAGAUACCAGUAUUCUACAGCAGUGAAAAUGAUGGGAAACAUCUAUUAAGUAUCCUCCCACCUUUAUUACUGGUGGGUGCUUUACUUUUUGCCAUAAGACGAGGACCUCUGGGCGGAGGCCGGGGAGGGAGAGGAAACAUCUUUGAAAUGAGUGACUCCAAGGCCAAGUUAAUAACAGCCAACAUCGGUGUGCGGUUUAAAGAUGUCGCAGGCUGUGAAGAAGCUAAACUGGAGAUUUUGGAGUUCGUCAACUUCCUUAAGAACCCAGGACAGUACAGGGACUUGGGAGCUAAGAUCCCAAAGGGUGCUUUGUUAUCUGGGCCACCUGGAACAGGGAAGACAUUGUUGGCCAAGGCUACUGCAGGAGAAGCCAAUGUCCCCUUCAUCACCGUCAAUGGUUCAGAGUUCCAGGAAAUGUUUGUUGGAGUGGGCCCAGCAAGGGUAAGGGAUAUGUUUGCCUUGGCUCGCAAAAAUGCUCCCUGCAUCCUUUUUAUUGACGAGAUCGAUGCAGUGGGCAGAAAAAGAGGUCAAGGGAACUUCAGCUCCCAGAGCGAGCAGGAAAACACUCUCAACCAGUUGCUCGUGGAGAUGGAUGGGUUUAAUAGCAGCACUAAUGUAGUCAUUUUGGCUGGUACCAAUCGAGCUGAUGUUCUCGAUCCAGCUCUGAUGAGGCCUGGACGCUUUGACCGACAUAUAUACAUAGGUCCACCAGAUAUAAAGGGCAGGGCAUCUAUCUUCAAGGUGCAUUUGAGACCUCUGAAGCUGGACUCUCAUAUAGAAGUAGAGGCUUUAGCCAGGAAACUAGCUGCAUUAACUCCAGGUUUUACUGGGGCUGACAUAGCGAAUGUGUGUAAUGAAGCUGCAUUAAUAGCAGCACGUCACCUCAACCAACAUAUCAACACCAAGCACUUUGAGCAGUCAAUCGAGAGGGUUAUUGGAGGUCUGGAGAAAAAAACUCAGGUACUGCAGCUACAAGAGAGGACUACUGUAGCAUAUCAUGAGGCUGGACAUGCUGUGACAGGCUGGUUUUUAGAACAUGCAGACCCCCUUCUCAAGGUGUCCAUCGUUCCCAGAGGAAAAGGUUUGGGUUAUGCUCAAUAUCUGCCUAAAGAACAAUAUCUGUUCACCCAGGAGCAACUGUUUGACAGGAUGUGCAUGAUGCUGGGGGGUCGGGUGGCUGAGCAGGUUUUCUUUCAUCGAUUGACCACUGGAGCACAGGAUGACCUCAGGAAGGUCACACAGUCGGCCUACGCACAGGUUGUGCAGUUUGGAAUGAGUGAAGCAGUGGGUCAGGUGUCCUUUGACUUCCCUCAGCAGGGCAACAUGGUCACUGAGAAGCCCUUCAGUGAACCUACAGCCCAGCUCAUAGACCAGGAGGUCCGUUCACUAAUAGAGUCAGCGUAUCAGCGCACACUUCGGCUUAUCACUGAGAAGAAACAAGCAGUCGACAUGGUAGCAAAACUUCUUCUAAAAAAGGAGAUUUUGGACAAAGCAGACAUGGUGGAGCUGCUGGGACCUCGUCCAUUUCAAGAGAAGUCCUCAUAUGAGGAGUUUGUAGAGGGUCUGGGGGAACUUGAGGAGAAUACAUCUUUACCUGCAGGCUUAAGGAACUGGAAGAAGAAUUAAGAAGAUCCAAAGCAUCCGUAGAAAGAGCAAAACACAUGUGCCCUUUACCUGCAGGUGGACAUGUAGCCUGAAGGCAAUUAUUCCUCUGGAUUCAGGGGCCUUUUUCUGAAGUACAGCACCAUCGAGUCCAGACUGCAGUCUGUCAGAGAUCUGACUCACAGAUUCAUGAGGACAGGGUGAUGUGGUGUGGGGGUCUUAAGUGACCUUAAAUAUAAGAUGUGCAAUUUUUCAUGUUGAUUCAAGUGCAAAUUCCAAAAAAGUUAUUUUUAAGUCAGUUUUAUGUCAAUAAGCUAGUGUUUCUGUCAUGAGUGUUUUUUUAUUUUCACUGGAAGUGCCUUUUUAUUCUGAUACUGGCAUAGUAACACUGACCUAGUAGAACUGACCACUGAUCCGUUCGCAGAAACACAUUGAAAUCAGAUCUGAACACAGCUUGACAAACACAACACCAGUAGUUAAGUUUGUGAAUGUUUAGCCUAAGUUUAAGAAACUUCAAUGGCAAAUCACUGUUUAAAUCCAGAAUGUUUCAGGAAUGUCAGAUGUAUGUCUGUUUUAGAUACAAGGGAUCUUUUUUUCAUGUUUUAUAGAUAAAAGGUACAUUAGUGUCACUUCAAUGUUACUCCAACAUGUGUGAGACUUAACUGAAUUAGGGUCAAUGUCUUUUUCCAUCAGAUCACAUCUCUGUUCAGCCUUUGUUUGAGUCAAGAGACAAAUCUAAGUAUGUGCUUACAUUUUUUAAAUUGUUUUUAGAAGUUGGUUGUUAAUGUCUUCCAAACUAGUAAGCUUACCUAGUCACAUAAACGUUCAUUUGUAUUCUCAUUUUCAUAUAUUGGGUGACCACUCCAAAUGUUGGUUUCCUCAGUGGUAAUAGCCAGUUGUUUUAGUGGUGAUCAGUGGGGUUUAGUACAUAAAAUCACACAGUGACUGUAUUGACAACAGAUUGUGAAAGGACCACAGUCAGUGUCUAUAUGACAUUAAGUAAAUAUUCAGUACACUGAUAAUGCAGCCUCUCUGUUGAAUGAAUCCAGAAAUACUUAGAUGAUGUUUUCCAUCUGUAUGUCCUGCUGUGUGUGUAACAUCUCAAGGUGCACUAAGACUUUAAUAUGAUGAAGAGUGCAGAGCUGAAUAAAGUACUGUAUUGAUAUACUGGCACUAGAAAACAUACUGUUCACAGUGGAAGGCUCAUUUUUCAAUGAGUUGUUUUAACUUAAUAAAUGACACAA